AUCUAAAGAUCAUCUUUUUCAUUGCAGGUGCAAGAGUGCGAGACUAACUUCUAGUAAUGGUGGAAAACAUGAGCAAGCUUUACUUACACCUGCAGUUAACCCUGAUAAAGUAACCAUGUAAACUACUGACCUGAGUUGUAUAUAAUAGCCAAAUAACCGGAGCCUUUUAGUAGGUAGUGUAGUGGUUACUAACAUAUGCAUGUAGAUGCAGUAGAACUUGUGCCAUAUUUGUACAUUACUAGUCCUUUCUAGUCGAACAAGAGUAAAGCAAACAUGUUUUAGCGAAUGGUGUUGCUUUUAUAUUUGUCGUCAUCUACCAGAAGUGCCUUGUUAACACUUGAGCAUUGUUCUUGGUCUGUUAAAGCUUCACAAUGGGAGAAUUCAUAAUAGAAUGUACACUGUGUGGAUCUUCUUUUAGUUAUGAAAAAGAUUAUGAUGCCCAUCCGUGCUUAGAUGCGGAUGUCAAAGUUCCUUUCAAAAUUAAAUUGGAGCAGGGCGAGGAUGAGGAAGAAAAGGAACUGGAUGAAGCCCAGGAUAUGUUAAAUCGGGCCUCGUGUUCUGGGAUUCAAAUUGGAGAGAUUAUGACAGCCGUCAAAGAGGAGCCGACUGAUUCUAUGGAUAUUGAAGAUGAAGAUCCCUUGGAUCUAAAAUAUACUGAAAAAGAGGAAACUAGAAAUGAGACUAAGCCUGCAAUAGAAGAUACGCGUGAUCGUUUGAGUAGUGAGGAGGAAGUUGAAGAACUUGAAGUAAUGGACCCUAAUACUAAAGUAGACAAAGUGACAGAUGCAGUAUCUAUUCGCAAUGAAUGUGGAGUGUGUGGCAAGCGGUUUUAUAGGAGGGAAGAUUUUCUUACCCACACUACAAAUUCACAUAAAAUUCCUAGACCAUUCCAAUGUAAGGUAUGCAAAAAAAGGUUUACUCAAAAGCACUAUGUUACUCUGCAUAUGAGAGUUCAUACAGGUGAAAGGCCCUAUAAAUGUAAACUUUGUUCUAACUCUUAUUCCCACAAGACGAGUUAUACAAUUCACAUGAGAAUUCAUACUGGAGAUCGACCAUAUAUGUGUGGGGUUUGUGGGAAAAAAUGUUAUGAUAAAUCUGGUCUGACAAGUCACAUGAGGUCGCACACUAAGGAAACACCGUACGAGUGUGAAGUAUGUGGAAGACGCUUCACUCAUUCCAAAAGUUUGUUAGUCCAUCGUAGGAAUCAUACUGGUGAAAAGCCUUAUAAGUGUAUAUAUUGUGGUAAAUGUUUUAGGCAUUGGCAUAAACAUAAAAUACAUAUUAGGUUACACACUGGAGAAAGGCCCUAUAGGUGUAAUGUUUGUGGUAAGGGUUUUCCACGUAAUGAUGAAGUAAAAAGACACAUGAGAAGUCAUCAGGGAAUCAAAUCCUUUAAGUGUUCCAUUUGUGGCGUGUAUUGUGCCACACAAGCAAGUAUUACAGGACAUAUUGACCUUCAUCAUGCUGAUCUAAGGCAAAUUGAUCCAAAUGCACCAGAAAAAACUGUUGUAAAAAAUAGUCAUUCUGGAAUUCUAGGAACAAAAGCCCCUCAGCCAAGGACAAUUUAUAAGCCAGUUGUGUCAGUAGCAACCCAAAGUACAUCCACCGGAUCAAACACUCCUCAAACAAUUUUACAACCAGUUAUUGACAAGAAUAAUGCUUCUAAAUUUAAAAAUAAUAAAGAUCUAAAAAGAACAGAAAAUAAAUUGGAAAGCAAAACACAGUCUAAAGAGGGUGAGAAGACUAAAGUCCUCAGCUAUAAAGAAUUUAUUGAACUUCAAGAAAAAUUGUUAUUGUGUAAAGGUUUGACUGUUAAAGAUCCACAAGAAAAUUCAGCGGCCAACAAGUCAAGUGUUGACGGUAAUAGUAGCAGUAAGAGUGGUACAGUGACCAAUAUAUCAAAUAAAACAAUCAUACACAACAACACGAGACCAGCAUACAGUGUUGGUAGCCACUUUUUGGACGGUAAUAUUCGAGGAAAACAAAUAAUGGUAUUGUCUACUCAGAGUGGUCAGAAAGGGGAGGGUACUCGGUUUGUGGUGCCUCAAUCAUUAAGCGGUAACAAGCAGAUAAUAGCCACUACGUCUUCUGGUUCAAUUCCGGCUGGGCAGCGCAUAGUCAUACGUCAACCUUCCGUACUGAUGCCUCAAACUCAGAUGACUGGAGGCCAACAGAUUGUACUGCUUUCUAAAUCUGGCAGCCAACAAAACUCAGUGAUGUUAUCACAGCCAUUGCUGUUAGUGUCUGGGGGCAAUUCUCAGUGCAUGGUGCUAGUUCCCUCGAAUUCCACUACUGGCUCUAACACAGGGGCUGUGCAAACGAUAUUGCUUCCAGCUUCAGCAGUAAAUACACAAAUUACCAAUGGAGCAAGUACUGCAAGCACCAAAGUUGUGAUCAAGCAAGAGCCAGAGGAGGUUGCUUCCACUAACAAUACUGCACCAACGAUUACCAUAAAACAAGAGCCAGGCAUACAGUUACCAGCUGGUGUAGUGAUUAAACAAGAACCAAUUGAUGAUGCCUCCACAAAUGUCAAUAGUUCAUGUAAUGCUAUAACAAUCAAGCAGGAGCCACAAGACUAGUUGGCAAGUCUACCAGAUGCUCAUUUUAUUAUGGUUGUAAGAUGCUCCUUUAAACUUGAUGUUAGGGAUUGUAUUGUAACCCUUAAGUGUCGUGCAAUACCCAAUAAAAUUUGUCUUUCAAAGAUGAAAUAAACUAUGACUUUAGUAAGUCAGACUUUGAUUAGACAUAAUGUACACUACUUGAAAUCAAACUAGUCAUUUAAAGUGCAACAAAUGUUAUAUUUUCACCUCUGCCGGGUUUUUACCAUUUUUUUAACGAUUCCUUCAAAUAUCAAGUCAGUUCUGUCACUAGUCAAUCUUUUGUGAAUAUGGGGCCUACAGAGGGCCUUCAUGCCUCUUGAGACGGCUCAGGUGUCGUCUGGUGUUUAGUGUACCUGCAAGGACAUUCCUUUUUUAUUAUGUGUAUGCAUGAGAAAUUAAAUUAUGAUAAUUUGUAUGGAUAGUUACUACUGUUUUUAUAUUUUUCUUAAAAUACUGUUACCUAAUAUUUUAUUUUAAGUAAGGUGUUUCAAAGUAUUUAUUUGAUUUACAGUACAGAAUUUUUAUUUAUGAUUCUUUGUAUACUUAAUUAUGUAAGAUUGAUUGGGCUAGUCAUUAUUGUAAUUGUGAAAUGUACUUAAUAUAUAAGUAAGGCAUAUUUAUGGAUUUAUUAUUAUUAUAAAGGCAUUUGAUUGAUUUUAAUUUGUUUAGAAUUAUCAUUUUAUAAUGUUAAUGAUGUUUAGGAGUAAAGUUUUCAUAGAGUAUGAUUAUAAAUGCUCAAUAAUUAUAACAGUAAUAUUGGCAUGGACUUAAUUUAAGCCUACAGGAUUAAUUCAUAGAAUUUAAUUUUCAGAAUGAUUUUAAUGUAAAAGAGAAUUGCUAAAUUUUGUCCUUUCAACCUACUCUUAAUCUUACAAGUAUUAAAUUAUUGACAAGAUUUACAGUAAGCAUAAAUCCCCUAUUAUGAAUACUGUGAGCAGUGUGGCAUGCCAAGCCCUUAAUAAAUUAAUAUUUUUGAGGAAGUUUUUUGAUAACGGUACCAAGUAAUCUGGGAGAUGGGACAAGAACCCAGUCUUAUCUUGGCUCUUGUAGAUAUGUGGACAAAUUACAUUAUCGUGCAAUACAGUAUACUGUAUGUGUAUAAUUUAAUACUGCAAAUGGUUAUGAAGAAAGUGUGUAAAUGAUUUCUUAACAGAAGGAAAAUGUUUGCAUUUUAUCUGCCAAAAUCCAUUUGGUUCAUAAUUAUUUAUAUUUUUAAUUUGUGAACUUUAUGCUUGUGUGCUGACAUUGUAUGUAACAUUGAUUCAUUCAUUAACACUACACAACUUCCCACCUCAUGGCUGUAAGACAUAAAUAACCACCAUUACUUGCCAAUGACUAAUACUGACAAUUCUAAUGUAAUCAUCUUGCAUGACAAAUUAACGAGUAUUUCAGUGUAUUGUACCAUUCAUAUAUAUAUUAUAGUUUAUCGGGUUCAAUUCCAGAUGAUCAGAUAUAUCUGAUCAUUAGCAUGUAAAUUCUUUUUUUGGAAUAAUGAGGUUCAACAAGAGAUAUACAAAUAUAUAAAGAACUAGAAUUUUAUGAAGAUUAAUUAUGAAUACAAAAAAUAGCUACAUUGCUGUAUUUUGGUUUUUGUUUCCUAUUGUCCAGAAGAGGAAACUUACUAUUCUCAUCAAAGUCCCGAUAGGCCAAUGACUUGCCUUGCCCAAGAUGCAACCCACAACAGCUGCCUAACUCAUGGGUACCUAUUUACUGCUAGGUGAACCAACAUGUCUGCCCUGCACAGAAAUUAAACUCUUGAACUUUUGAGUUGAGAACCAACUACUCUAACGUUAUGUCUAAGCUUGCAGAAUAUUGGAUAUUAAUCUAUAUUAAUUAUUAUACAGUUAAUAUUAUUCAUUUUGGUGUAACUUUUAAUUAUCUAUAUAUAUCUGUGUAGUAAAGUUGCAUCCGAUUGAAUCCAAGUUUGAUUCCCGGGCUAUGAGAGACUUUGGGCAUGUUUGUUGUACACCUAAUGCCUCCGUUCACCUAGUAGUAAAUAGGUAUCUGGGAGUAAAGCAGUUAUGGAUUACGUCCUGAGGAAGGUCAGUCAUUGGAAUUGGGAGAUGUGAAUAAGCUGAAGGCUUUGCGUCCCUUACAUAAUGGGAAACCAAAAAUUGCUCCAGCUUAAAUGUGUGUGUGACUUGAUUACAUUUGUCUCAUUAUAUAAAGUGCUUAAUAUACAAUAGUUUAGUUUCAUCAUGAAUUAAAGAACUUUAUAUUUGUAAGCAUUAGUUAUGAUUCUAGUGGUGCAGCAAAGUGAGUGGUGGGGGGGGGGGGGGGAGGAACAAGGACUGCAUGUUUAUUAAGCUUGCUUGUUUACACAGUAGAGCUUCCAGGGGCAGCUGGCACCAGUAGUCUACUAACAUGCACCUUAACAAACUCUCCUCUACCUUAAUAAUGGUUUGCAUUUACUCCUCUAUUACCUUGCUACAAAGCUUCAUAUUUCACUCGUUUAUUCACAUUUGAUGAGAUUAGCUUGAAAGGAGCAUGGAGAAAAUAUUCACACUGAGGUCGUCUUCAAUCUAAUUGUUUUAUCAACUAAAAAACUUGUUUAGUAUUUCUGUAAUACUGUGUUAUUGUAGAAAUGAGCUGGAUAUGUACAAAAGAAAGAUUAUAAAGUUAAAUUACAGCACUUACCAUUUGUAACAUCAGGGAUACUCAGUGAUUACAGGCAUUAUUAUGUAUCAGUAAAAGAUUUGUUUGUUAGAUUGUCCAAAUACUCAUAUAAUGAAGUUUGUCAUUAACCCCUGAAGUGCGGCUAUGAUCAAAGCUUUGCCUGUGCAAAAAAAAAUAUAUAUAUAAAAUACAAAUAAUUUGUUUUAUAAAUUAUACAUCUGUUUGCUAAAAAAUAUGGAGUAUACAAAAAAAUUUGCGAGGGGGGGGGGGGGAGGAAAGGGAGUUGUGCACACCUGAAGAUUGCCAAGUCGAUCAUUUUGUCCAUAGGCUGUGGCAGCGUGACUUUCCCGACUUGCCAAAUCCGAGACACUGCUGUCAUGUUUGCUGUUUUACAUUAGUUUACACAAUGUCUGGAAUAUUUCAAAUUAUUGACAUAUGAUUAUCAGAGUACUGUAUAUAGGCCUAGAAAUGUAAUAUGUUCACACACACACACACACGCACAUAUACACACACAUAUAAAUAUAUAUAUAUAUAAAUAUAUAUAUACAUAUAUAUAUAUAUAUAUAUAUAUAUACAUAUAUAUAAUAUAUAUAUAUGUAUAUAUAAUAUAUAAUAUAAUAUAUAUAAUUGAACAUUAAUCUGUUUCUGGUGAAGUUCAAAGGCGGUGUCUUGCAAUCCACAAUGUUACUGCUGUUUUGUAUGUUAAUGUCGUCCAGAAAUAUUCAAACACUGGCAGGAAACACCAAUUUGGGAUUUUGAGGUUACAGUAAUUGUCUUGUUGGUGGUACACGGUAACCUUGUCUAUAGUCAGCCAUUACAAGUGAUAGCGAGUUUUGUUAUGGUGUCUGUUAACUGCAAUACACCCAUAGAGAUGUAUGAUAACUAUAAUUGCAGAAUUUGUAUGAAAGCUGCGUGAUAACUAAAAUCAUCUCAUGAUGGCAGCAUUAUUCUAGAAUCAACAUGUGAUGAUAACCACACUUUAUGGGUUAAAAAAAUAGUGCAUAUUUCCACUCUCUUCUACGUGUAAUAAAUAUAUACUCAUCAGUA